GACUCGUGUCGAAGUCGAGAAAGCCAUGCAGUCGGCUGAUCUCGCUCAAGCGUCAAACAUACUAAUUUGGAACAAACGGUUCAUGUCCUUCUUGGGCUUAUGGCCGUGCAAGGUGAAUCAGCCUCUAUUCGUAUUCCUCAUCGUCUACAUGAUAAUUUACUGUAUCAUGGCAGCGGGCCAUCUGAUGAAGAAUAUCAAUCAGCCGGAGCGCGUCGUGGCGAAUUUAACGGACAACGUUGCUUUCGUGAUGAUAAUGGGGAAGAUGUUUAUAUGCAGACGGAGCUGCGAAAUAAUGGCCAAGUUUUUGAAAAGCAUCGAGAUCGAUUUCUCGACAGAAGCGUACGAUAAUGUCCGCGAGAAAAUGGCAUAUCUAUAUUAUAAUGACAUCGCGCUCGUAUUUAUCAAGUAUACGACAUUCCUGACAGGGGUUUCGUCUAUAUGGUAUUACUUCAGGAGAGUUCUCGGAAAUUGGAACGCAAUGGCGACCGGUAAUUUUUCUGAUUCUUCGUACGAAUUACCGUGUUCGGUUCAUCCCUUCUUUGAGAUCAAGGACACGUUCACGUACAUAUGCAUCUGCAUCUACCUGAUGCUGAUCAUGUUACCGCUGCUAGUAUGCGGUUACGCUGGACUGGAUGCUUUCGUACUCAGCAUGGUUCUUCAUGUGUGCGGCCAGUUUGCCGCUUUAUCGUGCAAGAUCGACAAUUUGCUGAGAGACCAUGAGAACUACCAUCGCCAUAUCAGUAACAUCAUAUUGAGACAUCGCCAUCUAAUAAAAUUAGCGGGGAUCUUAGAAGACAAUUUCAACCUGAUAUGCCUACAGCAAACUCUGGGCACUGUAUUCUUGCUCUGUUUCACUCUGUACCAUAUGAUUACGACUUUGGAACAUGCUGAAAAAGCUACUGUUGUAAGUUUUGUAUUAUAUGUAUGCGGCGUACUUAGUACAUAUCUCGCUUAUUGCUAUAUAAGCGAGUGUCUCAUUACUGAGAGUACCAGAUUGCGCGAGACAUUUUAUAAUUCCGAUUGGUAUAAUAAUCCACCAUCGCGUACAAAGUUAAUCAGCAUUUGUAUGAGUCAAGCCGAGAAACCGCUGACGUUGACUGCCGGCAAAUUCUACAUGCUGUCAUUGAACAUGUUCACGAAUAACGUAUUCCGUUUACAGAUUGUGAAAACGGCGAUGGCGUACCUGUCCGUGUUACGCCAAUUUAUGUAAAAAAAAUUUUGAUUUGAAGUACUAGGUUGGCCAAUAAG